AUGGAUUGCUUUCAUUGCAGUUGUAUUGAAGCUUUUCUUCCCCCAACAUUUCUCAGACUUGCAUCGUUAUUUGUUGGCUUUGCUGCACAAUAUGUUUUGAAACUGGCUCUUGGGGUGUUGGUAGCACGGGGAUUUGAUCCUAUGUUCUAUGCUAGUUUUGUUCUCAUGUCUUGUGUUGCCAGGGCACAACUAUCAAGCUAUGCCAGCUUCUUGAGCAAAGGCGAUGUGGCCUUAAGCCUUCUAUUGACCAACUCGACUACUAUUGCAUCAGUUCUUGUUACUCCUCUUUUAACUGGCCUUUUCCUAGGUUCUGUGGUUUCAAUUGAUGCAACUGCUAUGUCGAAAUCAAUUUUUCAGGUACCAAAACUCCAUGAGAACAUAAAGGCACUCUUUCUACUUCAUCACAAAUGUCGAGAAUAA